AUGAACGGGUACUCCCCGGGGAGGCCCUCGCCGCCCCGGGCUGCUGGCGGAGAGAGGCCCCUAGGCGGUGAUAGCCUCAGGAGGGAUAUUAUGAACAACUUGGAAAAAGCGUCCCUACGUGUUGAUCCAACAAGCACAAAACUGCCCCCAAGCUCCGCGCUCGUCGAUCUCAAGGACCCGAUCCAAGUUCAUUUGUUGACGGAAACGGCCUUGACCGACAGUAAACAAUACCGAAUAUUGUCCCAGGAAGAAGUCGAUGGUGCCAAGAAGCAAAUCCAAUCGUUGAGCUUGCGCGUCGAGCAGACGCGCGCGAACCUCGCUAUCCAAACAAAGUAUCGAGAUGCCGCUAUUUCCAUGGCCAAGCUCUACACACAGCCCGAGGCUGGUAGAAGGAGGAGCUUACUGGGCAACAACCGCAACAGCAUGGGAGAGUCCUUGCGAGAGGCCGAGGCAGAGCGGCAGGCGAGCGAAAAACGAGUCGAGGACCUAUCCAACGAACUGCGGAAUCUCGAGCAACGCCUGAUGGAAUCGCAAAGGAAUCUCCUGGAGCACACGGCCGGUAUCCUCCAGCUGACACACAGGGCUUCCAAGAAGCCGGCCAGUCAGCUGCCCGCGCAAAUGAUGAACGGGAUCCCCGGAAGCCCAGAGAGCCUUUAUGCCUAUUCAAACGGUCGCAAUAGCUUGGAACCGGCGGGAGACGGCUCCUUCGACGAGGAUGGCCCAUAUCAGAAUCUCAACAAUGAAAAUAUGUCUCGCGGACAAGCCAAAGUCAGCCCACUCAAUAUCCCGCCCAAGGCACCAAACCGAGAGCAAGAUACCCAGCUGCAACAGGAGGCGGAGAAGCUGAGGGAGGAGAACGCCCGGCUUCAGUCGCAGACCGACGCCUUGGGUGCUGAGAUUGAUGGUCUCAAGAGAGAGAAGGCACAGCGCCUACAGUCCGUCUCUGACACCGAGCGGAAACUUACGACAUUCAACAACUCUCUGAGAGAGGUAAUUAUUAAUUUUAAUCCCACCAAGAACGGAGGCUUCCGUGCGCCCCCCUCGAUAGCGACCGACGCAUCAGUCGAGCCCGGCACAGCCCUGGGGAGCCAGUUGGAAUAUCUGGAGGCUGGCCUGUCGGCAGUGCGCGAGGAGCAAGAACUUCAAGGACAGUCCUCGGGCGCUCUCCAGGAGGCCGAGGCCGCCGCGGGCGAGGCGUCAAUCGCUCUCUCGCAGACGGAGAGCCGGCUAGACGACUUGAACCAACAACUGCGCGAUAUUCUUGUCGCGGUCGACCCGAGCUAUCCCGACGUGGCGAACUCUGGCCUUGACAGCCAAUUCGACUGGCUUCAGCGUGCUAUUUCUGUUGUGGACGAGGAAAUGAAGAAGACGGCCGGCCUGUCGGCUGUCAAGAAGCAAGACGAGGAGCAAGUCGAGGCUGCACUGGUGGGCUUGUGGGAAACCAUCCAGUCGGGCUUCGUGAACAUCCAAAAGCAAAAGGCAGACCGCCGCCGCACGCGGAUGGAGCAGGGCGUGUCUGAGAACGAGGACGACAUGUCAGAAGACGAGGCCGUCGACACCACAGAGCCGUACUCGCUGUCGGCUUUCUCGGCCAAGGUGCAGUGGCUCUAUAGACAGGCCACCAGUCUGAAGGAGCAGAAGUCGGUCCUGAAGCGCCAGAUCAAGCAGCAACGCGAGCUGAACAGCAAGUCGGACUCGCAGAGGGACGAAGAGUUGAGGGCGAAACAAGAGCAGCUCGAGCAACUCCGGGCAGCCCAAAUGCGGUCCGAGGAAGAGAAGACUCUCGAGUUGACGCUCAAACAAGACCAGCUAGAUCAGCUUAGGUCGCUGCUCGAGCGGUCCGAGGAAGAAGUGGCCGAGGCACAAGAAAAGCUGGCCAAGACGCAAAAGGAGGCCGAGGCCGCGAUGACCACGCGCAUGGCCAACGAGUCCAGCGCAGCCAAAACGCAGGACGAGAUCAAGCAGCGCGACGCCAAGAUCGCCUCCCUCGAAGCGAGCACCAAGGAGGCCCAGACGACGCUGGCGAGCCUCAACACAAAUGUCCAAGAGUUGAACGAUAAGCUGAGCCGGGCCAACGAGGAAAUCGCGCUCCUGACAACCAAGCUUGCCGGAGCGGAGAAGGCGGCAGUCGAGAAGCAGCAAGAGGUCGCGGCCAAGGACAAGGAGGUCAAGGAGAAGGAGGAGGAGCUGGACCGGUUCAACAUGAUGAUUGUCGAGCUCAAGACGGAGCUCACCAUCGCGCAGGCCGAGCUGGACGGCGCGUACGGCUCCCGUAAGGAGAGGGCCGACCAAGCCGCGGCUAUCAAGAGCAGCGUGGAGGCUGCGCAACUCAAGACCGAGGUCGACCGGCUCAAGGAGGAGCUCAGCUCGACGCUCAAGGAGCUGGAGAGCAUCACGGCCGAGACGAUCAAGGCCGAGCGGGAGAAGUUCGACGUCGAGAGCAAGCUCGACGACGCGCUCGCCGUCAAGUCGAACCUCGAGGGCGAGAUCAGCUCGCUCAAGGACCAGCUCGAGGCCGAGGUCGACAACUCCCGGGUCAAGCUGGCCAAGCUGCAGGAGGAGCUCGACAGCGAGCGCCUCAAGGUAACGCCCGGCGCCGGCGCCCGCGGAGCCGGGGCGUCGAUGCUCAGCGAGCAGUUCCGCACCACGAUGAGGGAGGAGAGGAAGAAGUUCCAGGAGGAUCUCAGGGAGGAACAAGGCAAGAGGAGAAAGCUCGAGGAGGAGCUGCAGAAGAUCAAGAAGUCCCAGGGGCCUGGCCGGAGUCCCCUGAGCCCUAGGUGA